AUGUCUCCAACUACAAAAGUACAUCCUAGGAUUCCAAGAAGGCUGGCAUCUAAUCGUUUAAAGGAUCGGAGACCAUAUAUGGAGCUAUACGCAAAGAUAUCUCGCAGCUUAGGCCGUCAAAGAGGCAGCAGCUCAGCAGCCGUGAUCAGUGCUGAGGAAGGUGGAAGUGAAGAGAAGGGAAUGCUGAUGGAAUGA